AUGAAAGCGGCCCGCUUCGUGAUGCGCAGCGCCGGCUCGCUGAGCGGCGCCAGCCUGGUGCCCCGCGAGGUCGAGCAUUUUUCGCGCUACAGUCCGUCCCCACUGUCCAUGAAGCAGCUCCUGGACUUUGGUUCUGAAAAUGCAUGUGAAAGAACUUCCUUUGCAUUUUUGCGACAAGAAUUGCCUGUGAGGCUAGCCAAUAUCCUGAAGGAAAUUGACAUCCUCCCUGAUCGAUUAGUCAAUACCUCUUCAGUGCAAUUAGUUAAAAGCUGGUAUAUCCAGAGCCUGAUGGAUUUGGUAGAAUUCCAUGAGAAAAGCCCAGAGGACCAGAAAGCAUUAUCAGAUUUUGUAGAUACUCUCAUCACAGUUCGAAAUAGACACCACAAUGUGGUUCCUACAAUGGCACAAGGAAUCAUAGAAUAUAAAGAUGCCUGUACAGUUGACCCAGUCACCAAUCAAAAUCUUCAGUAUUUCUUGGAUCGAUUUUAUAUGAACCGUAUUUCUACCCGGAUGCUGAUGAACCAGCACAUUCUUAUAUUUAGUGACUCACAGACAGGAAACCCAAGUCACAUUGGAAGCAUUGAUCCAAACUGUGACGUGGCAGCUGUGGUCCAAGAUGCCUUUGAAUGUUCAAAGAUGCUUUGUGACCAGUAUUAUUUAACAUCACCAGAAUUAAAACUCACACAAGUGAAUGGGAAAUUUCCAGGCCAGCCAAUUCACAUUGUGUAUGUACCUUCUCACCUUCAUCAUAUGCUCUUUGAACUAUUCAAGAAUGCAAUGAGAGCAACAGUUGAACACCAGGAAAACUGGCCUUCCCUUACACCAAUUGAAGUGAUUGUUGUCUUGGGAAAAGAAGACCUUACAAUUAAGAUUUCAGACAGAGGAGGUGGUGUUCCCCUGAGGAUCAUCGACCGCCUCUUUAGUUACACAUACUCCACUGCGCCAACGCCUGUGAUGGAUAAUUCCCGGAAUGCUCCUUUGGCUGGUUUUGGUUACGGCUUGCCAAUUUCUCGUCUCUAUGCCAAGUACUUUCAAGGAGAUCUGAAUCUCUACUCUUUGUCAGGAUAUGGAACAGAUGCCAUCAUCUACUUAAAGGCCUUAUCUUCAGAGUCUGUAGAAAAACUCCCCGUCUUUAACAAAUCAGCCUUCAAACAUUAUCAGAUGAGCAUUGAGGCUGAUGACUGGUGUAUCCCAAGCAAGGAACCAAGGAACUUGGCAAAGGAGAAAAUGGCUCUGUGA